GAGCACACAUUUCCCCGCAAGUUUGUCAAGAGUCGCUUUACACAUCCAUCUCGAGCUUGACCGGGUUUUAGGGCCAGAUAGCGGCUGGAAGGCAAGAUUGGAAAAACGGCCCGAGAACAACGUCCACAGCGGUCUGGUCCGCGUCUUUUAGGAUUUUGUCGCAUAUUUCUCAGAUUUAAAGCAGGGCUGUACCAAGGGACCUGUCACAUUUGGAAUUAAUGGGCCUCUAACGCCCGUUAGUGGUGCUCUAGGGCCAUUGCAUUAUCUCUGGAAAAGGAGACUUUACACUCGCCAUUGCAGGCCAAGGGCAGGGUUUACCGCAAGGUAUGACUGAUUUAUGGGUGGAUUGACGGAGAAAAUGAAGCUGCUGGCUCUCCCGCUUCUCCUUUCAGUUUGCAGCUUAUGGGCUGCACAGGAGGAGUCGCUGGCCAAUAACUUGAUAACUGACGAACAGGAGCGCUUUACGCUCUAUAAACUGACCCUGGUGAAUGUCCCAGAUAGCGUCAACGCGGAGGACUUUAACGUUGACCUCAUAGGAACGCAGUUUUUACUCGUAAAAGUGGCGAAUACGACAAUCGAGUGGAGAAUACGCUUGCAUCAGGACAUUCCAGGGGACAUUUUGUUUUACCCCGAAUAUAAUGCAGUUGUAGAAUCUUGUGACAAGGAUGUUCUGGACUGGGUAGUCACCAUUCGAAUACCAAAGUACUAUGAGUUGUCACCAAUUACCUACAAGGUGAAGACGGAGUUGUAA